CAAGAACAAGCAAGUUCAAAAUGUCAGAAUCCUCACCGUUUAUUAAGAAAUUAGCAGCAAACGAUCGAAAAACUAGAGAUGAGGCCUUGAUUUCUCUACAAAAGUUUUUGAGUCGAAAGAAAAAAUUUGAGCGACUUGACUUUUUAAAACUAUGGAAGGGUCUCUUUUACUGCAUGUGGAUGUCGGACAAACCUUUGUAUCAACAGAAAUUAGCCGAUAAUUUAGCCGGAUUGGUUGCAAUAGUGCAUGAGGAAAACAGGAUGUUAUUUCAGGCUACGUUUUGGGAAACAAUGGGUCGAGAAUGGCCAGGAAUUGAUAUUUUGCGCACGAAUAAAUUCUAUAUGUUGAUGCGAAGAUUCUGCGCUGCUGCUUUCUUGGAAAUAAAAGCAAAAAGUGAUUCGGAGGAUUCAUUGAAGCAAAUGGUUGCUAAAUACAAUGAAAUGUGGAUGUCGGUUCCCUUCAAUCCUAACAAUUUUUCGUAUCCCAACGGCAUCCUCUUUCACCUAGCAGAUAUUUGGACAGAAGAACUGACGAAGGCUUUUGACGAAAAGGUUCCUAAAGCUGAUUGGUACUUGCCCUUUGAUUCGUUAAGGAAAACAACAAAAAAUACUGCUUUGAAGAAGACGCUACCUAAGCGUUUGGAGAGGGUUGCAGAGUACACUACCGCUGACGAGUCUUCAUAAACGUCUAGGGAAAAGGGCUAUGUGAAGUAGAAAAGGGUUAUUUUGAUGAUUGGGAUA